GAUACGUGCGUUUCACUUCCCUAUACAAUCGUUACGAGUCAGUGAUCAAACGGACAUUGGAUUGUAGUGACGUACGUUAUUGACAAAUAAAAACAUGAAACUCGUAAUUAUCCUAACACUAGUAACCUUCACAUACGCUGAUAAUAGAUGUCAAGGCGUGUACGUCGAUAACAGAUACUACAGCUUGGGCAUCAUAAAAGAAGGAAUCAACAACUUACACGAUUUAGCAAUGAAUCAAAAAGAUAGCGCACUCUACUUUACCUUUGAUGAUAUUUCAACCGUUACAAAAACAGUAUCAAGAGUCUUAGGUCACCUCGAUAUGGACACACACAAAGCAACGGUCAUAGAUGGAAUAAGAAAUGCUACAGCCAUCGCAAUAGAUCAGAUCAAUAGCAGAGUCUACGUUGGAGGUUCAGAUGGUAUUUUUAAGAUAAAUGGAAUGAAAGCAGAAAGACUGCCAAUACAAGAUGACAUAAAGGCUAUGCAUUAUAAGGGCGUACUAUACUUUGUGAAUGCAAGACGAGAAGCUUAUAUAUUCGAAGAUGGUCACGCAAGGCUAGUGCCAGAACUUCAAGGAAUCCAAGUAGACAGUUUAGUUCUAGACGACGAUAAUAAUAUAUUCUUUACGCAAAAUACGAAACUGUUUAGAAUCAAACUAAAAACACGUGCAAUAAACACACACGAAAAUUAUUUAGCGAAUGUGUUAGCUGUUGACAAAUAUAGAAAAGUUUACAUUGGCACGAACAAAGGUUUAUUUGUAUAUAAUAAAUAUAAAUAUGUUUUCGAUAAAGUAGCUGUUUUUAGUAACCUCAAAGCGAUCACUUUUAAUUCAGUAAACGAACCGAUAUACGCAGUAGCUGAUUAUAUUGUCAAACUUAAUUUAAAUGAAGUUCCAUGUUUUGAAGAUUGAUAAUACUUUGUACCUGAAAUUGUUAUUGAUAUAAAUAUAGUUUUUAAUUUGUUAAA